AUGUGUCAUAUUGUGUAUAUUGGUGUAAUUACUUGGUAAUAAAUGUUAAUUCGAAUAAUCUUGAAUAAAAAGACCAUUUAAAAUUUUCAUUCAUUUUUAUAUUUCAUUAAACAAAAUUUAAUAUUUAUCACAUCUCUUAAAUAAAACAAUUAUGAAUGUAUUUACAAAACUGCGGUCUUCAAAAAAGUCCUCAAAGAAGGAACAAACACCCUCAGAAAUUGGAAUACCUUUCUCUGUGAAGCACAAUAUUCAUGUUGAGUUUAAUCAAGAUACAGGAGAAAUUGAGGGGCUGCCUGAGCCUUGGUUGCGUCUCCUUCAGCAGGCAAAUAUUAGCAAGUCUGAGCAAAGCCAAAAUCCUACAGCUGUUCUGCAGGCUUUGAAGUAUUAUGUACAUUCCAUUAAGAAAAAACCAGGUGAAGUUAAAUUUAUUACAACAGCAAAGACUGCAGAUGAAGAAUCACAAGAAAUAGAGGAUUCUAUUGCAGAAACAGAUGGAAAUGUGCCAAUUUCUGAAAAUACAGUAGUAUCUGAAUUUACAGAUGGAAUCCUUGAAGAAAAAGAGACUGAUGAUGAAAUUGAUAAGGUUACCACUGAUCUAGCGUAUCUGAAUGCCCUUGAAGCUCCCCAAAUUCCUCCUGUUUUAAGGAGACGUCCUGAAAGAAAGAAAUUGACUGAUGAAGAAGUGAUGGCUAAAUUAAAAGCAAUUGUAUCACCUGGUGAUCCUCAGAAGAAAUAUUCUCUUUUGAAGAAGAUUGGUUCUGGGGCAUCAGGUAUGGUUUAUACUGCUUUAGAUAAAUCAAGUGGAGAAAAAGUUGCAAUAAAGACCAUGGAUAUAGAUCAGCAACCCCAAAAAGAGUUGAUAAUAACAGAAAUUAAAGUGAUGCAACAAAAUAAGCAUCCAAAUCUGGUUAAUUUUGUUGAAAGUUAUUUAGUAGAUGGUUCCUUGUGGGUAGUAAUGGAAUAUCUAGAAGGUGGACCUCUAACAGAUGUUGUUACUGAAGUAUUCAUGCAAGAAAAUCAGAUAGCUUCUGUGUGCCGAGAAACGCUUCGGGCCAUUGCAUUCUUACAUUCUAAAGGCAUUAUUCAUCGUGAUAUAAAGAGUGAUAAUGUCUUGCUUGGAAUGGAUGGUUCUGUUAAAGUUACUGAUUUUGGCUUCUGUGCACAGAUUUCUCCAGAAGAAAAAAGGCAAACUGUUGUUGGAACACCAUAUUGGAUGGCUCCAGAAGUUGUCACCCGCAAGCAGUAUGGCAAUAAAAUUGACAUAUGGAGUUUAGGUAUUAUGGUUAUUGAAAUGAUUGAAGGAGAGCCACCAUAUUUGAAUGAGACUCCUCUGAAAGCAUUAUAUUUAAUUGCUACAAAUGGAAAACCCAACAUAAAAAAUAAAGAAAAACUGUCCGUUGAAUUACGUGAUUUCCUUGACAAGUGCCUUGAAGUUGAUGUUGAAAAAAGAGCAACAGCUGAGGAACUUUUAAUGCAUCCUUUUAUGUGUAAAGCAGAGAAUCUUUCUACAAUAACCCCUCUGAUCAGAGCAGCAAGGGUUCUUAAAAAAUGAGGUUGUUGAUAGUGUAUUAAUUUGUUUCAGAAUCUAUGCCUUUUUCCUACUUCAUCUGUUAAUAUGUUGUUAUUCAUAUGACCUAGUCAGAGGAAAAGUAUUUUAUUAUUGCAUGUUUAUAUUGUGAUGUACUUAAAAUGUUUGUGGAUUUAUUUUUGAAAAAAACUAUUUUAAUUGUUUUAGAUAUCAGCCUCAGUCUGCUAGAAAUGUAAUUGAGGUAUAUUUAACUUUUAUAGUUUUAUAAUAAGAGAACUUUUUAAAAAAGAGUGACAAAUAUUAUAUAGUAUGUAAAAUUUUAUAUAUCCUCUUUGCAUUUAAAAUCAUUCAAAAUAUUUUGGAGGCCUUUUUUUUAUUUGUAUAAAUCUGUAUUCAUAUGAUAUUAAUAAAUUUUAUUCUGUACUGUGAGGAUAUUUACACAGUCAUGGCUGUAUACUAUUGCAUUUAUACAUAUUACAGUUACUAUGUCUGCUAAUUAGAUAUUCAUGAUUUAUCAUAACCAGUAAAAUUGAAAAUUAAAGAAAUAAAAAGUUCAUAAAAUAUGUGUGUUGAGCAGGAAUAGGUGUAAUUUAUGGAAAUAUAGUACUCAAAACCAGUUAUCCAGUGACAAUUCUAUCUGAGAGUAUUAAAUAUUGCAUUCUUAGUUCAAACAAGUGUUUUAUUACUUCAACAACAAAAAUGAUGCUUUAUUAUCAAUACUUUCCAAGAGCGUUGACACAAAGCAUGAAUUUUAUUAUUCUGUCAUCUGAAGAAACUGAGUAACACUAUGCAGUAAAGCAACAUUUUUUUUUUUUUUUUUUUUUCAUUACUGCAUCACUAUUGAGGAUUAGGCUAAAACACUGGGAACUUAUACAGAAAAAUUUUGAUGAUUGGCAUACAGCACAAUCGAGGGUUUUGUAAAUUUACUGAUCAUGCUUUUCCGAGUGUUGUUAACAUCUUUUCCUUUCCAAUUAUUAAAUUAAAUCUGGAUUCUUUGCACAUGCGCAAUUAACUGAAGUACAUUCAUGCUGUAGGAAUUAUUUGAUCAAAUUUCAUUCAGUACAAAAGUAAUCACAUACAAAAAGAAAAUAAAUAAAUACAUAAAAAAAAAAAAAAAAAAGGUCAGUGCAAGGAGAAAAUGUGGUGGAGAGAAAAAAUGGUGAAGUUUUUUGAUAAAGAACUCUUUUUGUAAAAAUGCAUCAAAAAAUUUAUAUAUCUACUAAUGAAAUUACUAUUUAAGUAAUUCGCUCUGAAACAAGGGGAGGAUUAAUAAAUUAAAAAUUAUACUAAUAACUUCAGCACUGUUGAUUUUCUUAAACUGAAUUCCUACCUAAUUCUGCUGUUAUGUUCUAUGAAGAUGCAGUUAGAUCAAUAAUGGUACAAAAAGUUUUAGAAUUGAAAUUUUUAAUUUAUUAAAAGAAAGGUUCUUAAUCCCCCCUUUUUACCUUGUUUUCUGUUAACUCCAGAAAAGUCUUUAGAAGAGAGCUAAUUGCAAUUAUAUGAUCCAUAUCUGCUGUCAACAUGAACAGGCUUGCUUAUUUUGCAGAAUACUAACUUACCUGCUAUGAAGUGUGUCUAAGUUGAAGCACAGUAUUUGAAGAUUCUGGAAAAAUUAAUUCUCAACACAUGCCGAAUAAUUCCUGAAUGAAUUAUCUAAAUAAAUUCAAGGCAAUUUUAAGGCGCAACAGAAUACACACUCAAAAUUAGUGUUUUCGUCUAAAGCACAAAAUUUGCAGAUUCACAGUCCCUAUUUACUAAAAAAAGAGAGUGUGGAUAUGGAAAAUACUAAAUACUGUCAAUAAUAAAAUUUUGAUAAAUCUCCUUUUCCAAUCAAAAUAUGUUAUAUUUUUUAGAAAAGUUUUUUCACGUUAAAAAAAGGGGUAAAUUUUUUUUUUUUUUUUAAAUUCAUUGUGCUGAAUUUGGGGGGGGGGGGUAAUUUAAAAUUGAGUGCAUUACAGGCAUUUGGUAAUUAAGUGGAUUUGGAUUUUUAGAGUUCUUUAAUGCUUUUAUACUUAAGAGAAAAUAUAUUGUAAAUGUACAGUGUGACAUAUUCUGAAUAAUAUUGUAACUAUAUAAAACAUUGAUAUACUUUUAAUACAUGGGACACUAUGUAUAAAAGAAAUUUCUUAAUAAUGAGCAGUUUUAUUUUUAUUCAAAGAUUGCAUUUUAUAUGUUGUUGUACGAAAUUGCUGAACACUUGUAAUUAAUGCAUUCACUGGGAAUGACCAAUACCCAUUGGUCAUACAGCCACCUCAUUACCUGCAUCACUAGAGAUGAAUGACUUAGUCCACGAAAGUGGAGAAGUUCCACCUUUUGAUAGAUCGAUGAAGCUUCCACUGCUCCUCUCCUAUCCCAAAUCUCGAGAGAGGAUUUUAGAUUCACAAGUUUUUUAAGUGUCCCCAUGUCACACAGCAUGCAGUUAUGAACAUCCAAGCCUUUUCUAAGAUUCGAAUCUGAAGAAGAUAUGGCAGCCAGCCAUGCUAACCACUAUACCAAUCAGGGUGGUGCAUUUAAUGUAGAUUUAAAUACUUUUUUAAAAUGUAGAUGGGAAAGUGCAUGAAAAUUCAAUUUUAUCGAUGAGAUGCAGUAACAAACAGUUUGUAAACCAAUUUGUUGUUUUGUGGUUUUUAUUUCUUGAAUUUCUUUUCACUCAUUCUGAAUCAAAGAGGUAGUAGAUACAUCUUAUCUUAUUCAUUGUUAUUUAGUUUUCAUGUUUUUUAUGUUUAUAUUGUAAAUAUGAUUUACAGCAGUGUUUCUCAACUGGAUUUACUCCAAGGACCGGUAAAAUAUUUUGGUACAUUCUCGUGGGCCGGUAAGUUUUAAUAAUUCGACACAUUGGCACAAUUUUGUGACAUAAAAAAAUCAUCAUGGAUAAUAUUAUUUUCUAAACUAUAAACUAUUGUUAUUGUAAUGUAGGUGUUGUUGUAAUAUCGGUUGUCGGCCAAUGGCACUUCUGAUUUUGGUCAGAUAGCUUGAUAUUUCGUGGACUGGCAGUUAAGAAACACUGAUUUAGAGUAUCUAACUGCAAUUUGCUAGAAGCUUAUUCAUCUAUGGAGAUUGUGUUUGCAAAAUAUUGAAUAUAACAUAAUCAAAAUGAAGAUAGCAGAUAAAUUUAGAAAAGUAACCUAUAUAUAUGUUAAAUAUUGUUCAUUUUUAUGCUUUACAUUUCAUUCCUAUUUAUACUUCUUUUUUAAUAAUUUGUCUGUGAUCAACAUUUUUACUUAGUAAUUUUUUAUUAUUUUUAUAGGUUUUUAUCAAUAUAAAAAAUAAUGCAGAAUAAUUUGUAUUAAUCAAAGUCUUUUGUGUUAAAAGUCAUGUCAUUCCUUCAUAAAAUGUUAAUACCUUGCUAAAGUUAAAAAUACUCAUUAAAAUUUUAUAUGUGACUUAAUCAUAAAAGUGCUUCUUAUAUUAGAACUAACAUAUUUAGAAUAAUGUAAUUUAUGAUAUUCAAGUAAUUAUUUUAUACCUUUGGUGUGAUAAUUUGUAACAGUGUUCCCUUCUUUUCAUUAUUGGGCAGAGAAGGAAUGAACAAAAUUUCAGAUAUUGAUUUUGGCUAUUUGUUGAGAUGCAUAUCUUUAGUACUGAUAUAUCUCAUAGUAAUCUUUGCAUCUUACAUAAUUUUAAAUAAUGAAUUUAUUAUUAUUUUUUUAUGUUUACUUUAUUAACUAAAUGAAUUGCAUCAUCUAAGCAAGCAUUUAUUUUUGAUUAAAAAAAUGUUUUAUCAUACAAAUUUUAAAUUACAUUUGCUGCGAGUCUUUUUGAAGAGGUGUUGUUAUUUAUUUUCAUGUUGGUUAAAAUACUAAUGACACAAACAAAGACACCAGCAACUCGGCAAAUAUUGCUGUUGCACAAGACAUAAAGUCUUUAUUUUUCAUACAACUGGCAAAGCCUGGUUAUGAGAUAAGAUCUUUAAUUUAUUUUUCAUACUGUAUGUAGUUGCAUAACAAACUGAAAUGGUAUAAAAACAAUAAACAAACUUCUUAAUAAUUAUAUUCUUAUUUUUUAAUAACAUGCCUAAAUUUACAUGCUAUUUUCAAUUUCUAUACCCGAUAAUUUUUAAGAAUAUAUGCUGCAAUGUUGUAAUUAAUGAAAUUUUUUUAAUUUUAAUGCCGUGCAUUAUACACCUCGGUACAGACUAAUCAUUAUGUUUUCUAUUUAUAUAUUCCACUUGAUGUUUGGAUACAGGCAUUACAUGAAAAUAGAUAUACUUAAAGGCAAUUACUAUAUCUACCAUGUAUCAAAUGAUAUAAUUUAUCUUAAGUUGUAAUUCAUCUUAAGUUACUUUCGGUAUAUUUCUAGACCAAUAUUGACAUUUGAUCCCCUCAAUUAGGUUGUAUUCACAAUUUUUUUUUUAAAUGCCAGUCUACAUUUCUCAGUUUUCUAAUAGAUAAAUCAUCCCUUAAAGUGUCACUACUUUUUUAAAUAUUUCUUAAAAUGGUAUGUAUUCUGUCAUUUAUUUAAAGCAUUCAUCGGAAAAACUCAGUAUGAAAUCAAAUGCUUAGGAAUAAACUAAAAAGUCUUUGAACCUUUGUAAAAUGUUGUGCAGAAUCUUGAUGGAUUUCCAUUUUUAAGGAUAUUACCAGAAAACAUAUAGAACUUCAUUUAUAUAUAGCAAGAAAGAUGUAUUCAUGUAUGGUGUCUGAUAAGUAGAGUAUCACAGGGUUAAUUGCCACUUUUAAAGACACUGGAUAAGUUAUGAAGGAAAUAGAGUAACUUAGAUGCAGGAUAACUUAACUUUAAUAUAGGGAUCAGUUACAAGUCAUCGUUUACAAGAAAAAGAUUAAUGGCAAGAAAGAGCCAUCAUUUUUAUCAUCAAAAAAGUAUGUUAUUAAAGUGGCAGCAUGAAUUGAAUAUGUGUGUUGCAAACAAGGAGACAUUGUUUUGAACAGAUUCUGUAAAAUUUCCUGUGAUGUGCAUUUGAUGAGCAAACUCUUUUUUUUUUUUUUUUUUUUUUUUUUUUUUUUCUGUAUAUAAAUGACUUGUAGAUUCUUCAAAUUUUUUACCUUUUCAUUAAUCAAUUAAAAAUUUCAGUGAAAGUUAUAUCUCAUUUAUUGUAAUUUUUUCAUUGCAUUGUAUUAUUUUAUAUAUAAGCCAAUAAAGUGAUCUGAAGAUCUGUGUUCAUUCUUAA